GUACUAAAACUAAACUAAACCAGAAGGUUGGCAGAGUAAAAUAGUAAAUCUAUCAAUCAUAUUCAUCAAUGGCGUCGACGAACCCUCAGCCGGUGGCUGCACUGCAUAACGUGUUUGUCUACGGCAGCCUCUUAGCUGACGACGUCGCUCGUGUCCUCCUGAAUCGUGUCCCUGCUUCGUCGCCGGCCAUCCUCCAUGACUACCAUCGGUUUAGCAUCAAAGGAAGAGUUUACCCAGCAAUCCUACCUAUUGAAAAUAAGCAAGUAUCUGGGAAGGUUUGCUAUUGAAUUGGAGCAUUUGACCCUUAGAAAGUGGAACACCUUUUCUCUAGUUUUUGUGCAGGUUCUUUCGGGCAUUACUCCUUUUGAGUUGCAUAUUCUCGAUGAGUUUGAGGAUGUUGAGUAUGAAAGGCAGACUGUUGAUGUUUAUUUGAUGGAUAGCUCUGAAAAGUUGCAGGUAAGCACUUAUGUUUGGAGCAACAAGACUGACCCAAAGCUAUAUGGAGAGUGGGAUUUUGAGGAAUGGAAACGCUUGCACAAGGAAGAAUUUAUAAAGAUGUCACUUGGUUUUAUGGAAGAACUGCAGCUACCUGAAUCAAAGCCCAGGGUGACAACUUAUGAAUCUUUCUUUCAGCCAAAAAAUGAUGGUCAGAGUUGAGCACCUUGACAUGAAUCCUUAACAUCAUGCUUCGUGGAUCAUGACGGGUGAUUCAUUCAUAUGUGCUGCAAUUUAUACAGUGUAUAUAAUUAGCCUAUGAACUUGGGCUUUAUUUGGGGGCCACUAUCUAAGCAGUUGCAAUAGGAGCUAAAAUAACACCAGAGUGGUUUCAUUUGCCUUGAUCAUGGAACCUGUCCUUGACAUGGCCAGCAAUAUACAGUAUCAAAUUCUCCAUCUUCAAUUUUCAAUAAUUUUUUUGCUCAAAUUUGUAUGAAGCAUAUGCAUUGUUAUAAUGGCAUUCACUGAUGCGAUGUGGUCCACAUAUUUACAUAGUA